GUUGGGCUCGAGCACGUUGAGUCGGUGUUCCUGCUGCUUCAAGAUGGCCGCUCAGGACGAGCUGAAUCAACUUGAACGAGUCUUUAUGCGCCUUGGCCUUGCUGAAACAGAUGAGCAACUGCAAAACAUAAUCUCAAAGUUUCUUCCUCCUGUUCUGCUAAAGCUAUCUAGUGUUCAGGAAGGAGUGCGUAAAAAAGUCAUGGAACUGUUAGUUCAUCUCAACAAGCGUAUUAAGAGUCGACCUAAAAUUCAAUUACCAGUGGAAACACUAUUGGUUCAGUAUCAGGAUCCUGCUGCUGUUUCCUUCGUCACAAAUUUUACAAUAAUAUAUAUCAAGAUGGGAUAUCCCCGUUUAUCAGUGGAGAAACAAUGUGAAUUAGCACCAUCCUUGGUUACCGCAAUGGAAAGCAAGCCUCAGCCGCAGCAAGACAGCCUAAUGCAGUUGCUAAUUCCAGCAUUGUAUCACGUGAAAUAUCCACCAGAGAAAACCAAAGGAACAUCAAUUUUCAACUUGGGGGAGAAACCUAAAAUUGUUCAGCAGUUGUUAGACUUUAUGUUGGACGUUUUAUUGAUGCCUUAUGGGUUUGUGUUGAGUGAGCCUCAAAAUCGUCCGAAUCAGAGCCCACAACAAGGUGUCAGUAGUGGUGGUAUUGCUCAGCCACCACCUGGCAUGAGUUCCUAUGCAGCCAAGCGUGUUGUUGGUGAUAACCCAUGGACACCUGAACAGCUGGAACAGUGCAAAUUGGGAAUUGUGAAGUUCAUUCAAGCGGAACAUAUACCAGAAAAUGAAGCAAUUGUUCACCUUGUGGUAGCAUCAAGUGAUACUCGGCACAGCGUAGCAACCGCUGCAGAUAUGGAGGUGAAAAGCAUGCAAAGUAUAAUUGACUGGAACAAUCCUAUUAUUGUCAAUAAACUCUACAAGAUUUAUCUGGGGGACAUACCACUGAAAACAAAAGAGGGAGCAGUGAUGAAACCUGAAUUAAAACGAGAACCAGUUAGCACCCGGGUUAAACUGAAAAUUCUCCCUCACUUGUUACGUUCCCGACAGGCUGCAGAGACAUUCCCAGCCAGCAUACAGGUGGUGUAUGAUGGACUGUUUGGCGCCAAUACAAAUGCAAAAUUGAGAGGACUCACCUUACAAUUUGUACAUCAUAUUUGCUCAGUUUGUCCUGAUAAUAAAAUUAAACCUUUGGGACCAAUGCUUCUAAAUGGGCUGACUAAACUGAUCAAUGAAUACAAAGAGGAUCCAAAAGCCCUAUCUGUGGCAUAUUCAGCAGUCGGUAAAUUAUCCAGCCGUCUACCACAACUUUUCACAAAAGAUUUAGCACUUGUACAGCAGUUUUUUGAAGCAAUGUGCAAGGAAGCUCCUGAUAUCAGGCUUUCCAUUCAGGAAGCUUUGGCGAUGAUGGUAGGAGCCUAUUGUUCUUUACAAGGAGCUUCUCUUACACUCAUGGAAGCUCUGGUUGCUGCAUAUCUGGAGAAGCCUGAAGUGCAGGUCCGACAAGUUGCUGUGAAAUUUGCCAGUAAAGUGUUUGCUUCAGACCACAUACCAUCCAGAUAUAUGCUUUUACUUGCUGCAGGAGACCCGAGAGAAGAGGUGUAUGGGGAAGCGCGACAUGUUUUGAGGGCUCUACCAAAUCAAACAACAGAGAAAGAAAGCACUCCUAAGAUCAUGCCACCAUUUCCUGAAAUGGUCCAUUACAUUCAAGAUAAGGCCUCUCAGAGGAUAAAAACAUCAGCAAAAUAUACUGCAGGAACGUACGUUUUGCCAUUUAAUCCUGCUACAUACAAUGAGAUUAUUCUGUAUCUGCGAAUGUGCCUGGCACACAGUGCAGGGGUGGUACCCAUAUCUCAGAGCUUUGUCGACAUGCAAGACCAAGCCCCAGCCAUUGGUCGUUAUGUCAGAAAUUUGGUUCCUGACUCUAUAAUUUCACCAUCGUCAUCGAAGAAUGGAGAAAUUAAUCAUGUGCAGAUGUACAUUGAUCUUCUCAAGCAGCUACUGUCAGCCAUAGUAGGAUUGCCUGUGAUUUACUGUCUGUUGGAAGUAGUCUCGAUCUAUCCACAGAAAUUGGCUGCACAGUUCACAGACAAAAUAGAUUGGAUUAAGGGCCUCAUGAACUCAAAUAAAGAUGAGAUCCGUGAGCUGGCAGCAGAACUUUAUGCAGUGGUGCUAUCCGUUAUGUCUGGGAAUGACCUGCAAAUGGCAGUUCAGAAUCUCAUCAAGAACAGUAAAGAUGGUAGCCCUGAAACACAGCAUGGAGCAUUGCUGGCUUUAGGAUAUAUGAUAGGACGGUACCUGGCCAGAAAGAAGAGAGCAAAUUUAGAAAUCCAAGAUAUGGAACAUUCGGAUACUGAAGAACCACUGGAAGACCAACUAAUCCAGUCUACUACGGAAACAAUUGCUUCAUUUUUAGAUGAUGCAUCCCCUUCACUGGCCAUGGCUGCUUGUGUAGCAAUUGGUGAAAUUGGAAGAAACGGUGCUUUACCAAUCAUAAAUGAAGGGCCUGGGUUCACAAAACUGCACUUGGUGGAAAGCUUGCUAGCUAAAGUUCGCUCAGGCAAGGAGAGUAACAAGAUGAAGGAGCGAGCAGUGCAGACACUGGGUUACUUGCCUGUUGGUGAUGGUGAUUUUCCUCAUCAAAAGAAGCUCUUGCAAGGAUUGAUGAGUUCAGUUGAGGCCAAACAAAUAGAGCUGCAGUUCACAGUUGGAGAAGCAAUCACCAGUGCUGCAUUAGGGACAAGUUCUCUAGCAGCUCGCGAUCUGUGGGUGGUUGCUGAGGAGGAAUAUACCCCUCCAGUUGCUGUUAAAGUAAAUGAUGUUGUCCUAUGGGUUCUGGAUGAAAUCCUAAAGAAAUAUGUCAUUAGUUCUAAUCCCCAUGUCCGCCAGGCUUCCUGCAUCUGGCUUUUGUCACUGGUGAAAAAGCUGAGCCAACACAAGGAGAUCAAGUCUCAUUUAAAGGAAAUUCAGGGUGCAUUCAUUUCGAUUUUAUCUGAGAAUGAUGAGCUUAGUCAAGAUGUGGCAUCUAAAGGUCUUGGAUUGGUGUACGAACUGGGCAGUGAACAGGAUCAGCAGGAGCUAGUAUCAAUUCUUGUGGAAACACUUAUGACCGGGAAGCGGAUUAAACAAGAUUUGUCUGAAGACACUGAAGUGUUUCAAGGAAAUGUAAUGGGAAAUACUCCUGAUGGGCAAGGACUGUCGACAUACAAAGAACUUUGCAGUCUUGCCAGUGAUCUUAAUCAACCUGACCUUGUUUACAAGUUCAUGAACUUAGCCAAUCAUCAUGCAAUGUGGAACUCUCGAAAGGGUGCUGCUUUUGGCUUUAACAUCAUAGCAGCUAAGGCUGAAGAACAAUUGGCUCCUUAUUUAGCUCAACUUAUCCCAAGACUCUAUCGGUAUCGGUUUGAUCCAAACUCUGGAAUCCGGCAGGCAAUGACCAGUAUUUGGAAUGCUCUUGUCACAGAUAAAAGUGCUAUAGACACGUACUUAAAGGAGAUUCUUCAAGAUUUAAUAUACAAUUUAACCAGCAAUCUUUGGCGUGUUCGUGAAUCCAGCUGUUUAGCAAUUAGUGACCUACUGCAGGGAAGACAAGCGGAUGACAUUAUUGACCGACUUACAGAAAUAUGGGAAACUCUCUUCAGAGUGCGUGAUGAUAUAAAGGAGUCUGUUCGUAAGGCUGCAGAUUCUGCACUUAAAACUUUGAGUAAGGUGUGCAUACGUAUCUGUGAACCUUCCAAUGGUGCUGCUGGUCAGCAAGUUAUUGCUGUGCUCUUACCUUGCUUGUUGGACAAAGGCAUUAUGAGCCCUGUAACAGAAGUUCAGUCCCUAAGUAUCAAUACCCUUGUGAAAAUUAGCAAAAGUGCAGGAACUCUGUUAAAACCGCAUGCAGCAAGACUUAUCCCCACCUUGUUGGAAUCACUAAGUGUUCUUGAGCCACAGGUCCUCAAUUAUUUGAGUCUACGUGCUACGGAACAAGAGAAGACUACUAUGGACAGUGCCAGACUUAGUGCAGCUAAAUCUUCUCCAAUGAUGGAGACCAUCAACAUGUGUCUCCAACAUCUAGAUGCUUCUGUUCUCAGAGAAUUAGUCCCCAAGUUGUGCGAACUGCUGAGGAGUGGAGUUGGCCUUGGAACCAAAGGAGGUUGUGCCCAUGUGGUAGUUUUCUUGACAACCAAAUAUCCACAAGAUUUAAAUUCUUAUGCAGGUAAAUUGAUGAGUGCCCUGUUGUCGGGUUUAAAUGAUCGUAGCAGUGUCAUAAGGAAAGCAUAUGCUGUGGCAAUAGGUCAUUUAGUUCGGGCAGCACGGACUAAUAGCACCGAAAAGCUAUUUCAAAAACUCAGCACUUGGUAUCUUGAAAAAGAUGAGCAAGUCUAUCGAUCGGCAUGUGCCCUGACAGCAAAUGCUAUUGCGUGUCACAGUCCUGAUGUAAUCAAACACCAUGCAGCCGUUGCCUUGCCCCUAGCAUUUCUUGGAAUGCAUGAAAUCCCAGAUGAAGAUAAAGGAGAAACCAAUGAGUCUGACCUCUGGACUGAAGUAUGGCAAGAAAAUGUACCUGGCAGUUUUGGUGGAAUACGGCUGUACAUGCAAGAAUUGAUUGCUAUUACACAAAAGGCUCUGCAGUCUCAAUCAUGGAAGAUGAAGGCACAAGGUGCUACUGCUAUGGCAUCCAUUGCCAAACAACAGGCGGGCUCUUUGGUUCCACCGCACUUGGGACUGAUAUUGAAUGCACUUUUACAAGGAAUAUCUGGUCGAACGUGGACAGGAAAGGAGGAACUACUGAAAGCUGUUGAUAGUGUGGUGGCUGCAUGCAGUGCAGAGUUGCAGAAAACAGUGCCUGACCAGCCCAGCAUAGAUGCCAUCCUUCAGGUCAUGUUGAAAGAGUGUCACAAGGAAAAUCUCCGGUACAAGAUGCUUGCAUUGAAGUGCACUGCCAACGUAUUGCAAGCCACAAAAGAAGAUCGUUUCAAAGAUUUGGUGGAUAUUCUGUUUCCUGUUAUUAAACAGAGUACAGCAGCUGGAUCUUCCAGGGAAGAUGAUCAUGAAGAGGAGGAGAAAGAAAAGGAGCUACGAAUGGAGUAUCUGCUUUGUGCUUUUGAAACUCUUGGAAAAGCAUGGCCUAGCACUCCAGAAACACAAGCUCAGUACCGUUUAGAGAUGUGUCAAUUAAUGUGUGAAAGACUAAAGUUGAGUACAUGGAAAGUUCAACUUGGUGUACUUCAAGCCAUGAACUCCUACUUUCAAGGCUUAUUGCUUCUAGGCCAAGACAACAGAGACGCCAGUGCAUUGACUGAAAUUCUGAAAGAUACUUGCUCAGCACUCACAUUUCCACUAGAAAACAAGAGUUACUCGUCAGUAAGGGCAGAAGCUUUAUCGAUAUUGGAACUUCUAUUUAAACAGCUGGAUGAAACAAAUCAGUGGGCAACUUUGACAUCAGAGAAGAGAGCCAUCAUUCUUAAGUCCCUAACCAGUAUGGAAUCAGACAAAAGGCCAGAACUGAAAGACAAGGCCUUGGGCCUUAAAAAGCAUCUUGCAAAUCUCCCAUAAACCUGCUGUGAUCCUUGUUCUGCAACAGAAUGACUUCACCUGAGGAUUUGACAACCCAAAAUCUGGCUGUCCUGUCUGGAUCUACCAAUCUAAAGUGUUGCUUCUGGUGUUGUCGGGUUAUCCUGUUCAGAGUGUAAAAUGGAUGCUGUACCUGCUGUUCAGAAGAAUGGAGAGAGUAGUGAAUCCCUUUCCAGAUUUGGGUUUACGGUAUAGGGGUAUAUUCAUUUAAGUCACAUUUUGCAGACUCUCAUUUUUGCACAAGAUGCGAGUUAUCCCUGCGUUUUGUCAUCUUCAGUAAAGCAGGAAAAUGCAGAAGCUGAGAAAGGAUAUAAUCAUGGAACAGCUAGUUAAUGCAUGUGUCAAAUAGUGGUUCAAAACUGGGGGCAAGGUGCAUGUAUCUGCACCAAAACAAAUUCUGUUGAAAAUAGUUGGGUUUGGUUAGUACCAGAUCUGGUAAAGCUAGAUGUUAAUCUAAUGAAUUGCCACAUGAAGACAUGUAAAUUAUAUUAAAUUAUAAAUCAUCCAGCACACUGCUGUCAUAGGUGCAUUGUUCCUCUAUCCUUUGUCAUUGAAUGCUGCCAUUGAAAUGGUGUUUCUAACAUGUUAAAUGUGUUUAAAGCUGUAUAUUUUUCCUGUCAGUCACCUACAUGCAGUACACUCUGAAAUGCAAUCCAGACAUUAACUCUUAGUGGUAAUUCCAGCUCUUGUUGGUGUUGCCAGCAUUUUGUUCCUGUUCAACUGAAUUAAAGUUUUGCAUAACUUAUUUCAUGCCUGCAUUUCAUUCAGACCUUUUUUAUUGAGUUACAUUUCUACAUAAUUUGAUUAUUGGGAAGUUAUUAAUGAAUGACUUGUUGAUAUACCACCAUUACUGCCAUGUAGAAUUUAUCCAUUUCGCCAUUAACUUGUGAAAAGGAAGCAGUGUCAACUAUGAAUCCUGCAUUCAUCAUGUGCUUCACACUUGAGUCAGGGACAAAACAUCCACUGCAUGUGAAGUGUUCUGUUGUGCUUGUAAUUCUAGCAAAGCCAAUAAUUUCUUCAAACAUAUAACUGACUAUCAAGAUCACAUGUAUAUCCUUAAAGCUAACCUUUACUACAUUUGUGUCACAAAUUGAAAAUUAAUUAUUUGUAUUGAUUAAAUGAAUUUGAGAUUGUUCAUUUUACUAUUUAGAUUAUAACCUGGAUUCUUUCAGCCUUUCCUUUCAAUUUUUUUAGUUGCUUGCUAUAAAAUUUAAAAUGCUGUAAAUUGAUCUUUCAAACUAUAAACUCAACAUUCUGGACUCUUUCUUUUAAACUCAAUCCUAUGUAAAACAGCCUUAAAGGAUUCCACCAAAUGACACAGCUAGUGCAAGGAGCCCUCCCAACUUGUCAUCAGUCUUCUGUAAUCCAGAAUGGUGAUGUUCAUCUUUCAUGAGACAAGAAUCCUGUAUAGAUGUGUCAGAUAUAGAUCAGAAGAAAGUGAUGAGUAAUUAUUCUCAUUUCCAACAAUACAUGUUAUUUAAACUACAAGAUGUAGUGAAUGCUUCUGUAGAUCAUAUGCACUUUUACAGGAAAUAAGGGAAUUAAUGAAUAACAAUUUCAAAUGUAUUAACAUUUUUGCCAAAUGGUAGAACGCACCCUAGCUGAGCUCAAGGGUUUGAUAUCAGUGCCUGUUGGUUAUUCAGAUCCUCCAACCCCUAAUUAAUUUUAGUUAGGUCCUGGCUAAGCGGUUUCAAUUUAACAUCUUCCAGAAGAGGCAAUGAUUGUUCAGUUCCUUGAGUUGUGCUUCAUAAUUCAACGCUAAUGUGGGUUGGUGAGGGAUCUGCAAUGGCGAGUUUAAAACUUUAAAAAUUCAAUAAAUAAAAGGUGGUCUUUGUUUGAACUGUAGUUAUUGAUCUAGCUGUAUAAAAAUAUAGACUUGUAAUUGAUAUUGGGUUGUACUUAAUGUUGUAUGGUACUGUACAUGGCAAUUUGUUUACUGAAUGAAAUGUCACUUAAGAUUAUCUGCGUUUUAGAAUUCUUGAUUGUUUUGAUCUAAACUCAAUGUCUUGUGAUCAGAAGAGAGAUUGGUGUGAACAGGCCAGCCACAGCCAAGGAGAAUGUGGCCUUCCUCGAGUUUUCUACAAGAACGAUUGCACUAUUUUACUAACUUUGAACACUGUUACCUUGCUCUUUGUGGGCAUUGACUUGCUGCUGCAGCCAUUCACUGGUGAAGCUUUGUAAUGAAAAUUAAAUCUGCUUUGUUUGACUGUCA